GGAAGCCCAAGAAUACUGGAGUGGGUAGCGUAUCCCUUCUCCAGAGGAUCUUCCGGAUCCAAGAAUCCAACCGGGGUCUCCUGCAUUGCAGGCGGAUUCUUUACCAACUAAUGAGAAGAUGGGUGAGUGAGAAGAUGAGCAAGAAGAUGCUGGUAACCGGGAAAUGAUCAAGUAAAGGAAGCGGUCUCCUGGAAACCAAAAUGGAAGCGGAGGCACUGGCCUGAGCAGAGCCCCGCACCGCCGCGAGGAUGAACUUGGGAGUUCCUGAUGGACUCAGAAGCAAACGCGCGGGCACAGCGGUUCCGCUCCCGGAUCAGGCGGAGGCUGCGCCCAGAGCGCAGUGACAGCGAGGGUGCGUCCGGGCCUCCUGGCCUCGUGGCUGCGCACGGGAACGCGCUCCGGGAGGCGGCGACGGCGGCGCGCGGGGCCGCCGUGGCGGGAGAAGCGCUUCCGGUGGCGGCGGAGGCGGCGCAGAGCAGGUUCUGAGAGCUGAGCAGGCUGUAGCCAGUGGGUAGCGUCUAGGAAGAUGUCUGGAGAACUUCCACCAAACGUUAACAUCAGGGAACCUCGAUGGGAUCAAAGUACUUUCACUGGACGAGCCAAACAUUUCUUCACUGUAACUGAUCCCAGGAACAUUCUGUUAACCAAUGACCAACUGGAGGCGGCGAGGAAGGUAGUCCAUGAUUACAGGCAAGGAAUCAUUCCUUCAGGUCUCACAGAAAAUGAAUUGUGGAGAGCAAAGUACAUCUAUGAUUCAGCGUUUCAUCCUGACACUGGUGAAAAGAUGAUUUUAAUCGGAAGAAUGUCAGCUCAAGUCCCAAUGAACAUGACCAUCACCGGCUGCAUGAUGACAUUUUAUAGGACCACUCCAGCAGUGCUCUUCUGGCAGUGGAUCAACCAGUCCUUCAAUGCCGUGGUCAAUUACACCAACAGAAGUGGAGAUGCUCCCCUCACUGUCAAUGAACUGGGAACAGCUUACGUUUCUGCAACAACAGGUGCGGUAGCAACAGCUCUAGGACUCAACGCAUUAACCAAGCAUGUCUCUCCGCUCAUUGGACGUUUUGUUCCCUUCGCUGCGGUAGCUGCGGCUAAUUGCAUUAAUAUUCCGUUAAUGAGGCAAAGGGAACUCAAAGUUGGCAUUCCUGUCACAGAUGAGAACGGGAACCGCCUGGGCGAGUCGGCAAAUGCUGCCAAACAAGCCAUCACGCAAGUGGUUGUCUCCAGGAUCCUGAUGGCAGCCCCUGGCAUGGCCAUCCCUCCAUUUAUCAUGAAUACUCUGGAAAAGAAAGCCUUUCUCAAGCUUUCCAGCUUCCUGUAACAGGUAGGGAAGAGGCGGAUGGGGUAGCUCCUCUGGCUCCUGCUGUGCUUGGAAUCGGACACCGGUGCUCCUGCGGGAGGAAAGGUUCCAGCUCCUGGCUGGGGGAGCAGGCGGGUUGCAAACCCUUCAGCUGUCUCAGGGUGAGCCGUCACCAUGAGGGAACACUACCAGACUUUGAAAGAAGGACAUGGUUCAUAGGCCUGACGCUUUCUGAAUGAUUUCUGUGAUUAGGAAAAUUCUAAAUGUCCGACAGGUCAAUGUUCAUUAACCUCUAUUCACCCUAUGGGCUCCAGAGCGGAAAAUUAAGGCCAACACCAAAUAUUUUCAAUACAAUUACAUUCUCAGAUGAUAAGCCAAGAAAGUAUGCUUUGAAAAGUCAAUAGUAUUGAGUGCCUCAUUUGACUGGCAUGUCGGAUGUACCAACCCCGUGUGAGAGCAAGAAAGAGGGCCCUCUCCUUGGCAGCCGGCUCAUUCUCUCCUGGGAGCUUCGGGUACGUGAGCAAAUUAUAUUCUCGGAGCUUCUUCCUCUAGCAGUCUCGCACGUCGAUGUGAAUAGUGGGAUGGAGUGUUGCAGUGUCUCUGUAGUGAUCAGCUGUUCUCCUCCGAGCAUCCUGGGAGAUCCACAGACCCCUGGACCGCCCCCAGGGGGCAGCAUUCUCACAUGCCUGCUGAGUCUCCGUCCAUCUCCUGGUGGAUUUCUACAGUCUUAAGUGUAAGAUUAAACAAAAAUAUAAAACAGUUUCACUGAUUUAACCAGUAAAGCUAUUAGUGAAGACCAAAAUGUAAAGGUGACCUCAUUUGACAUCUUACCUACUUUGAUAAGCUCUUACUUGAGGAUUCAUGAAAAGGCUUUGCUGAAGUCAUUUUCCUCUGCAGAAUUUAAAACGAUGAAUUCUUUAAAGCUGCUCAGGGAUUAGUGUGUGUGCUGGAACAGGGACUAGAUCUUGAAGCUACCAUAUUAUGUAAACAGAUGAACUCUUUAAAGCUGCCAAGGAAUUGGUGUAUGUACUAGAAUGGUGACUAGAUCUGGAAACUACUAAAUUAUGUAAACAUCUAAAACUCACCAACUUUGAUGUCUCAUUUAUUUUCAGAUAAUCUAAAAAAAAAAAAUUGAUGUUCCUUUCUCUAUCUAUCCCUGCUUUCCUUAUGGGAAGUGGUUUAGGCUCUGAAGGAAGGGCCAUCAGCCUUAUCCUCCAGGAUGCUGGUAGGAAGUGGAGCAUCCAGUGGCUCCUUGACUUUACAGAUACGGAAUUGAUGCACUGUGUUCUUCACUGCUAGCUCUUGAUCUGAUAAGACAUUAGGAUUAUAGUCCUUCUGCAAGGGCAUACGUUGACCCAGGCAACCUUUGGAUUUUCCUGAUUGUUAAUUUCUUAAGGUAUUGGCAUGCCAACUUCAGGGGCAACAGAGAAUAAAAAAAUAAUAAUAAUAAAUCCAGCCUCCCCCUCCUGCAGACUUUAAGCAAAAUCAGACUUUUAAAGCAAGAUCAGAUUUCCAAGUAGAUACAAGGCUUGGAGACAGUCACCUCAUCCUGUUGUCUGACAUAAAAGUAAACUUUUGCAGGAGAGGAAUACUAAGUGUGAGUCAUUCCACCAAUAGUAUAUGAUUGUCGUGAAUCAGCACCUGUGAAUGCAGUGGGGCGACCACCUUCAGUGGCAGUAUCCCCACCAUCAAAGCUUUCCCAGUCCUUUUUCUCGGCCUCCCCAACACCACCCAGCACCCAGUUAGCAGAGGGGUGUCAGCAGCCCGACUCCGCAGCGAGGCUCCGAAUCUGGCCCAUUGCCCCUGCUGCUGGGACAUUACUCCCUGGGCGUCUCACUCCUGGCUGUGGGUAUUGAGCACACAUGGGUGCUAAUGUGGGCCUGGGAUUCCAGAAAUUCUCUGAGAGAGUCUGCAUGCAGACCUACGUUCAUGCUGAAGUCAGGUCACCAGAGAAAGCAGUGAUGUGAACUUGGCCUUUUCUUCUCCUAACUGUCAUGGCCUUGAACUCCUGGGGUCUCAGUGUCCUUGGGAAAGUUGCUGCCGUUACUCUAAUAUCUCAGCAACAGACACUGGCCAGGAGACAGAGUUGGGCAUAUUGCAUCAUUUUCCUGCUGGGACAGACAGAAACUGCUUCAGAUACAGCCUGGCUUUUUCUUCCAUGAAACAACCAGCAAAUUGUUGCUGGUUAACCAGUUAGCCACUACUCCCACAUGGCUCUAGGGUUUUUCACACGAAAAAUGUGUAACUGUUGUGUUUUCAUCCCUUGUCCUUCCUCCCUGGUUUGUGGUUUUUGGCUUUGCUUGUACUGCACCCUUCAACAAUAAUUUGGAGGUGUGCCACCUUGCUUCCCCUCCACCUGCCCCACUUCCCCCCUGAAGGGCCUCACACAGGGCCGGAGGAGGCUGCUGGCAUCAGAAGCCAUGUGGCGGGGCGGGGAGGCGGUCAGAGCAGCUCAUGGAUCCGUCCAAGGGCCUCACUAGCUGUCAAGGGUCUGGCUGCUGCUAAACAGGUUCAGACCUCCUUGGAGGAUGAUGUUUUGAAAAAGCUAUGGCUAAAUGUUGAGCUCCUCAGACAUACAUCCCACCCCUACAUUCAGGGUUGUUGUUACAUCAGAAUAUUGCAUUUUUGCCCACGUGGCAAGGACUGUAGGACUUCACUGAUAGUAUGGCCAUUGUGAAAGCAGAAGUGGAGGCAGCUUAUAUUUGUAUCCAUACAUUUCCAUCUGCAAAGCACGUUCACACACUAUUUUGAAAGGGAGGCUUUUCUGAGCCCCGUUUACAAAGGCCCAGAGAUCAUUUCUUCAGCUGUGCUUCAGGUCCGUGUGGGCGGCCACGUCUGCCUGGGUCGGUCGACCCUCUGUUCCCACAACUCCAGCAGCCAGAUGUGCCUCCCUGCAAGGACGUGCUUCUCGGGGCUUUCACCUUGGAUGUGACCAUACUCCUCUGCAAACAUGAAAGGAAUUGAAUGUUCUUGGCUUUUUUAACCGGUGAGCUUGGGGAGCAUUCGGCAUGACUCAUCCUUCCCCCCACGCCCUGUCUUUUUCCAAACGGAGUGCUAGCGAAAAGCAUCAGCUGUGGGCAGGUGACUCACUGAAAUCUUUGCAGUACACCAGGAGUUCACUGCUUAAAAGCUGGCGCUUCACCCAACAGUGUUCGUGAAGAAUCGCUCCUGUGGCCUCUUUACCUGGCUGGCACUUUUCACUGAGAACAAAGUUGCCAUGAAUUGGGUCAGAUAAGAGCUCCUCAUUCCUGAAGUUCUUGUUCAUUUAUAUUUUCUUUAAGAAAGGUGGACGGCUCUGUCUACUCAGUAGACUUUCAGGAUUGUCUGCUGAUGGAGUGUGACUAUGGCAUUUAUUUGUUCACUCGUUUGAUGCGGCAGCCCUUGGGUGAAUGCCUGUUGCACACAAGCAGUGUGCUGGGUGCCAUUAUCAUAGAAAUAGGGCUUGGGCCGUGCUCUCAGAACCACACAGUGUGGUGGUGGGGAGGGCACAGGACAUGGUCCAGUGCAUGGUGAAUAAGAGUGUGGGGCAUGGUGGGAGCAUAGGGGAGUUCUCCCCCAGCUGCAGCAGGUGAGCGGAGACCCCUGAAGUUGGCUGGCCGGGGGCACAGGCGCUGCAGAAGCACAGAAAGGGCACAGAGGUGGGAGGCUUGCGUAUGGUCAGGUUGCCUGGGAUGUGGGCCAUGUGUAGGGACCUGAUGGCAUACACACAUACACAUGUCAACUCCCAGUGGCUCAUGGAAUCUAAGGUAAAAGUCUACAACUGUCACACUUCUGGGAGAAAACAGAACAUCUUUGAGAUCUGGAGUUAAGCAAAGAUUUCUUAGACUUAACACCAAAAGCACAUUCCAUAAAAGAAAAAAAUGGACAAAUUGGGCUUCCUCAAAAUGUUAAAAUUCUGUUUUUUGAACACUAUAAAGAGAAUGAAAAGACAGGGAACAGACUGGAGAAAAUUUAUGCAAAGUAUGUGUCUGAUAAAAGCCUUGUAUCCAAAAGAUACACUUAUUCAGGAAAACAACUCAGUGUUUUUUUUAAAGGGCAAAAGGUUUGAACAGAUAUUUCACCAAGUAUACAUAGAUAUCAAAUAAUAUCACAUAUAAAGAUGCUCAGUAUCUUUAGUCAUUGGGGAAAUUCAGUUUAAAAACCACAUUAGCUACCUUUAAACACCUAUUGGAAUGGCUAAAAUUAAAAAGAUUGACCAUAAUAAGUGUUGGACCAUAAUAAGGAUGUAGCUAGAAGACCUGAAACUCUUAUUCCCUACCGGUAGGAAUGUAAAAGGAUACAAACACUUUGUUGUUCGUGUUGUUCAUUCUCUAAGUUAUGUCCAACCCUUUGCAACCCCAGGGAUUGUAGCACACCAAGCUUCCCUAUCCUUCACUAUCUCCUGGAGCUUGUUCACACUCAUAUCCACUGAGUCUGUC